CUACCCCUGCAGCUGCCCAGAAAGGCCAAACUAUAAACCACCGCUAAGUAACGGUCGGCAUAUUCUGGUCAUUUCCCGCCAUGCUAUCGCUCCCCCUGCAACUGCAACCUCUAUCCCCGCCUUUCUACCCUGCCAAUUCCCAACCUAAAACCCUAAAACCCGUUUUUCCCAAAGCGUGCAAAUCUCAAUACCAAACCGAAAGGGGUCUUCAGUUUGACAUCGGAGACACCUUCUUCCGCCAUGAGAGCGCCACCGGUCGUGACUUCGGCGUUCUCUCGGCAGCCCUCUAUAAGCAAUCCAAUGGCAGUCUUCGAGUUCUCGAUGCCCUAUGUGGAUGUGGAAUUCGGUCCCUCAGGUACUUAGUAGAGGCAAAAGCCGACUUCGUGUUAGCUAAUGACGCAAACGAAAACUAUAGAGGGAUUAUUUCGGGAAAUUUGUCCCGGAUUUCGGAAGAAAGAUGGGUUGUGAUGAAUUCGGAUGCCAAUAGAGUAAUGACGGAGCGUUAUCUGGAAAAGGAUUAUUUUGAUCUGGUCGAUGUUGACUCGUUUGGAAGUGAUUCUAGCUUCUUGAGAGCUGCUAUUGGGGCUGUCAAAUUGGACGGUUUGUUGUAUAUUACUUCUACUGAUGGCUACUCAUCCGGUGGCCACCGCCCUCAACAUUCUUUGGCUGCAUAUGGAGCAUAUGUUCGGCCAAUGCCAUACUCAAAUGAGGUUGGUUUGCGGAUGCUUAUAGGUGGGGCGCUUAGGGAGGCUUCUGUGCUUGGUUACCAUGUUGUGCCGUUGUUUUCCUACUACUCGUAUCACGGCCCUGUUUUUAGAGCAAUGCUUCAGAUUAAGCGUGGAAGGCUUCCUGAUAGCAGCACCUAUAACUUCAUCAGCCACUGCAUUCAGUGUGGAAAUUCUCAAACAGUUGCUUGGGAUCAACUUGGUCAGAUCAGAUGCCCCUGCAUCACUAAUGCAUGUGUUCCCAACUCGCUAAUCGUCUCGGGACCUCUUUGGACAGGACCUCUUCACCAAGCAUCUCACCUUGCACGCAUGUUGAAUUUGGCUGAGCAAUUGGGGUGGAUAAGCGACGGCAAUGGAAGAAACCUUGAAAAACUGAUAAGACUAAUGGUCGAUGAAAGUGACCCCAAACUGCCAGUUGGAUACAUCAAGAUUGAUGAGGUACUCAAGGAAUGUGUAGCAAGUCGUGCUAAACUUAAUUCUCCAUCCAUUGGGGCGAUAAUGAACACCUUGCACGAGGUAGCGUUUUCUCCUCCCUUGUGUUCUUUGUCAGAUCAGGAUCCUCCUAUUGCUUUAGAAACUUUUGAUCUCACAGCCUGGGCGAAUAUACUUUUGUGGGAAACCCCAUCUCUUGGCUUUGGUGAUGCAAAUAAUUGAUUAUCAUCAUCAUGAAAGCUUUGUGACACUUUGCCUGCUGAAUCCUUGAUCUAAUUGGCAUAUUGAGCAGUCACCUAAGAACGGGAAUUUGGAACUAUUGUGACAGGAGGGAUACGUGGCCAGUAGAUCACAUAUCGCUCCCAAUGCCAUCAAAACGAAUUGCCCCAUGACAGAAUGUAUAAAAACUUUUAAAGCGCUCCAACAGUGUUCAAUAAGAUGAUUUUUAAGAUGGUUUGAGUGUUCAACAGAGUUCAAAAUGCAGUCUAUACAUCCUAAAUAACAGCAGGGUUGACGGUCAGUUGAGAUGCAAGUGGAGGUCCUCAAAUGACGAUGAAAAUUUAUGGAGCUACCCUAAGAUCCUAGCAGACAAAGAAGUCUUGGGUGGGUUCGCCAAGGCAGAUGUGGCCUUUUAAAUUGCUGAAAUCGACCUCGCACUGCAAUGAUGCCAUUCCUUCUAAGCGUUAAGCUCAUAUGUCUAGUUACACUUCCAUUAGAUUCCUAAUGUGAACACAGCGUUGGUUUCUACCAAAUAGUAGUUCACCUUGGAAGGUCUUUCUACCCAACGUCAUAGAAACUAUUCUUUGAAAGUUCUAUAAUUCCAAUUCAGACUUGUAUGAUGUUGAAGCUAUGCGUAUGAAACGCACAAAAUUAGACAGUAGGAAAUUCAUAGCCUAGUACUGUGCCUCUGAAAAAGGGGAAACUGACCCAUAAUCUUAUAGUACUUCUUUUCUUGUUAUUUCAUGGAUUUUGCGCCCGUUGAUGUCAAUAUAUUACAUGUUAACGUCAA